CUUCCUGUGCCCCAGCCUCAACUUCUCCUCCUAGAGAACAUUCUUGUUCUCCCUGAGGACUUCCUUUGAAAUUAUUUAUUGUGGGGUUCAGGGUGAGGUGCAAAGGAGGACGCUGCCAAAGCACGCUCAGCGCUGCGCGUCAGGGGUGUCCUGGACCCUCUUAUGACAGCAGGGGACCACUUGCAGCUCUCCUGGCUAGCGGCGAUUUAGGACUCCUCUGAAGAUACAAGCUCGCAGCUAGAGUGAGGCCCGAGUAGUCUCUGGGCUCAGGAUGGCUAACGAUCUGAGAGAAAACGCAGGCUCGGACGCCCAGCCUGCCGUGGACCAGACAGGGCUCCUGACUGUGAAGGUGGAAAAGGAGGAAGCGUUCGCGGUGGCGGCGGAGGUGAGCGCACCUGGCAGCGCCGCUCCAGGCCCCGAACGCUCCCGCCAGCGCUUUCGAGGCUUUCGGUACCCAGAGGCCACGGGUCCCCGCGAGGCGCUGAGCCGGCUCCGGGAGCUCUGCCGACAGUGGCUGCGGCCCGACCUGCACAGCAAGGAGCAGAUCCUGGAGCUGCUGGUGCUGGAGCAGUUCCUGACCAUCCUGCCCGGGGACCUGCAGCGCUGGGUGCGCAGGCAGCGCCCAGAGAGCGGGGAGGAGGUCGUGGCGCUGUUGGAGUAUUUGGAGAGGCAGCUGGAGGAGCCGACGCCGCAGGUCCCAGCUGGUGAGCAGGGGCAAGAACCACUCUGUUGCAAGAUGGUCCUGUUGACACCAGCUCAGGGGUUACAAAGCAGCCAGUUCCAGCAGAUAAAGUUCCUUCUCAAGCAUGAAUAUCUGGAACCCCAGCCCUCACAAAACAGAGUUCUCCAGGUUCCUGGGCUUGCCCAGGGAGGGAGCUGCAGAGAAGACAAGGUGGUAGGCGCCAGGCUCACUCCAGAGUCCCAGGGGUUCGUGAAAAUGGAAGAUGUGGCCCAGACUGCCUCCCCUGGGUGGAGACAGCUAAAUUCAUCUCAGAUGCACCUCUGCAGAGAUGAAAUCCAGAACUGUGACAGCCUACUUUCCCCGGGUGCUGAUGCACAGACCAAGGUCAGGGACUUGCCUCCAGCCGAGCCACAUCCAGAACAGGAGCCCAGCCAGACACCAGGGCACCUGGGUGGUGACACUGCCCGGGUUACUACAGGUGCACAAGCUGGUGAGCCGGAGAGCAGGCUGCAGAGAAAGCCGAGAAGUGCCUCAGGGAGGAGGCGGCACAUUUGCCUUGAAUGUGGGAAGAGUUUUGCUCAGAGUUCAGGCCUGACUAAGCACAGGAGAAUCCACACUGGAGAGAAACCCUACGAAUGUGAAGAGUGUGGGAAGACCUUCAUUGGGAGCUCUGCCCUCAUUAUUCACCAGAGAGUCCACACUGGGGAGAAGCCAUAUGAGUGUGAGGAAUGCGGUAAGGUCUUCAGUCACAGUUCAAACCUUAUCAAGCACCAGAGAACCCACACUGGGGAGAAGCCCUACAAGUGUGAGGACUGUGGGAAAACCUUCAGCCAAAGCUGCAGCCUUCUUGAACAUCAUAAAAUUCACACUGGGGAGAAGCCAUACCAGUGCAACUUGUGUGGCAAAGCCUUUAGGCGGAAUUCCCAUCUCCUGAGACAUCAGAGGAUCCAUGGUGAUAAAAACCAUCAGGAACCUGAGCAUGGGGAGGCCUGGGAAUGCCAGAGUCGGGUGGAAGGCCAGUGGGAAAAUGUCGAAACUCCUGUGUCUUACAAAUGCAGUGAAUGUGAGAGAAGUUUUACAUGGAAUAGAAGCCUCCUUGAACAUCAAAAAAUCCACACUGGUGAGAAGCCCUAUCAGUGUGACACAUGUGGAAAAGGCUUCACCCGAACCUCAUACCUUGUUCAACAUCAGCGAAGCCAUGUAGGGAAGAGAAUUCCAUCGCAGUGAUCCAUGCUGUGCUU